AUGGCUCCAUCCGAGGAGUGCGGCUGGCUGCUGUACGUUUCCCUCGCCGCCAAAUGCUGCGGCAACGGCGACGGCGAGCCUUACCGCGUGGUAGGCUUUGUUGUCGUUCUCCUCGCCGCCUUCGUCGUCACGUCGCUCCUGCACUGGGCGUCUCAGGGUGGUGCGGCGUGGGGGAGGUAUUGGUGGAGGAGGAAGGGUCUGGGCAUUGGCGAGGCCCGUAUCCCGGGGCCACGGGGCUUCCCCGUGAUCGGCAGUAUGGGCCUCAUGACCGGCCUCGCGCACCGGAAGCUCGCGGCGGCGGCGGCGGGAAACGUCAGGCGCCGGCGGCUCAUGUCGUUCUCCAUGGGAGAGACCAGGGUGGUGGUGACCGCCGACCCUGACGUGGCGAGAGAGCUGCUGGCUAGCCCGGCGUUCGCCGACCGGCCGGUCAAGGAGUCCGCCUACGGGCUUAUGUUCCAUCGCGCCAUCGGGUUCGCCCCCUACGGCGCCUACUGGCGCACGCUCCGCCGGGUGUCGUCCUCGCACCUCUUCUCGCCGCGGCAGGUGGCCGCCUCCGCCGCGCAGCGCGCAGUGAUCGCGCACCAGAUGGUGGAUGCCAUGAGGCCCGUGGGCGGCGCUGGCGUCAAGCACGUCGAGGCGCGGCGGUUCCUGAAACGCGCGUCGCUGCACAACGUGAUGUGGUCCGUUUUCGGCCGGAGGUACGAGCUGGACGAGGCGGGGAGCGGGGAGGCCGCGGAGCUGAAGAGCCUGGUCGACGAAGGCUACGACCUGCUCGGCCAGCUCAAUUGGUCCGACCACCUCCCGUGGCUCGCGCGCUUCGACCUGCAGAAGAUCCGGUCCAGGUGCUCCGCCCUCGUCCCCCGCGUGAACCGCUUCGUCGGCAGGAUCAUCGACGAGCACCGUGCCGCCCUGAACGACGACGACGACGCCGUGGUAGACUUCACCGACGUCCUGCUCUCCCUCCAAGGAAGCGACAAGCUCUCCGACGCCGACAUGAUCGCCGUCCUCUGGGAGAUGAUCUUUCGUGGCACCGACACCGUGGCAGUGGUGAUCGAAUGGGUGCUGGCCCGGCUGAUGCUGCACCAAGACGUGCAGGCGAGGGUCCACGAGGAGCUGGACCGGGUGGUCGGGCCGAACCGGGCCGUGACCGAGUCGGACGCCGCCUCGCUCGUCUUUCUCCAGGCCGUAGUCAAGGAGGUCCUGCGCCUUCACCCACCGGGCCCACUGCUGUCGUGGGCGCGGCUUGCCACGUCUGACGUCCACGUAGAUGGGUUACAUGUUCCCGCGGGGACCACUGCCAUGGUCAACAUGUGGGCCAUAACCCACGACCCAACCGUGUGGGUCAAGCCGGCGGAGUUCAAGCCAGAACGGUUCCUCGCCGGGUCAUCGUCGGACCACGCUGCCGCCGGCGCUGAGUUCUCUGUAACGGGUUCCGAUCUCAGGCUCGCGCCGUUCGGGUCGGGCAGGCGGAGCUGCCCCGGCAAGUCGCUCGCGAUCGCCACCGUUGGAUUCUGGGUUGCCACGCUGCUGCACGAGUUCGAGUGGACGCCGCCGUCGUCCGACGGGUCAGGUGGCGUGGACCUGUCUGAGGUGCUGAGGCUGUCGUGUGAGAUGGCAGCUCCGCUGGAGGCAAGGCUGAGGCCGAGGCGUGCUGUGUGA